AUGGCUGAAGCCAGGGGCUGCGCUGCCACUUCUGCACGUCCCAACGCUAGCCCUCGUGCUGCCGGGGCUUCCACCGUCAUGUCGUCGACCACAGAUGCUUCUUCUUCCUCUGCUUCUUCUUGUUCUUCUUCUAGCACGGCUGCGACCGCCUCAUCGGCUCGGUUGUCACGAUAUCCGAUGCUGCCGCCCACUCGCGAGCACCACGAGCGCGACCGACUUGUCGUGGUCAUGGUGGGGCUACCAGCUCGCUGCAAAACGUUUAUUGCCCGCAAGCUCGAAAACUACUUCAACUUUAUCGGCCAGCCGGCGCGCGUCUUUAAUGUCGGCGACCGUCGCCGUGACGUACGUCUUGCUCGCGUCCCUCCUCCGACUGCCCAGCCCCAGGCGAAAGUUACCAGGCAUGCGCCUUCCGACCUCACCCCGAGCAUACCCGACCCCCAGGUCGUGCCGGACAGCCAUCAUCCCCAGUUUUUUAACCCGCGCCACCGCGUGUGUGUGACCGACAGCGCGAUCAAGAAACGGCAGCGGCACCGGGAGUACCACCGGCGCUUUCGGCAAACCAACGCCAUGAGUGAGGUGGCAACGGCGUUGUACGACUUUGAAGGCGACACCGUGCAUGGUGAGCUGAGCUUCACUGCCGGUACCCAGAUUACCAUCACCAACAAGAACAUUGGAGAUGGUUGGUGGGAAGGCGAAUGCCAGGGCAGCCGUGGCCUCUUCCCGGAAUCCUAUGUGGAAGUGGGUGCCCAAGGAGCCUAUGACAGUGGUUCAGACUUUGACGACGAUGACGAUGAUUGGGACGACGAUAUGCCCGCCCCCCCACCAGAUGCUCAUGACAUGGGCGGGUAUUCGGCCCAUGCGCCAGACCAGGGUACCGCGGGCACGGACCACUUUGGACGCUCAGCCACGUUGAAGCGCAGCGUGAAUCGCUUUUCCACCUUUGUGAAGGCGGGUGCCGAAGCCUUCCUGCUGGGUGCCACCAAAGACAUUUCCAUUGAUCCCAUGCUCGUGAUCCACGUCGAGGAGGGUCAAGAUGGCCCGCGAUGGCAGCUUCGCCAGCAGCCGUACGGUCACAUUACGAUUGAACAUUGCGGAGCUCGCAGCAAGUAUAAGGGUCUCAAGUCCUAUGAAGCCUUCUUAAUCAAGGGCGCGGUGCCCGGAACCGAAGCCGAGCGACGACACAAGCACUUUCAGUGGCUCCACGAUCGCCUCGUGGACAAGUACUCUUGCCUCUGCGUGCCCCCCAUGCCGGGCAAGGAAUAUGAAUCCAAAUUCAACGAGAAUCACGUGAAGAAGCGCGAGGAGCGUCUCGAAGCCUGGAUCAACCGCGUGGCCCGUCAUCCGGUGCUGGGCGCCGACGUGCUAGCCCUGAAACACUUUCUCACUUGUUCGACCGGCGAUGCAACGCGGUGGAAGCAAGGGAAACGCGAUGCAGAAAAGGACCGCUUUCUUGGCGCCAUGUUCUUCAAGCUCAUCUCCCAGGACGUGCGGUGCCCCACCGACUCGGAUAAGCGCAUCGAUCAAUUUGCCGACUUUGUGACUGAAAUGCUCAAGACGGCCAAGCGAAACAUUGACAUUGCCAAGGCACACUCGGAUCGCAUGGCAUCAUCCUUCAAGCGCGAGUAUACCAAGAUUGGUUCUGGAUUUGAACUCUUGGGUCAAAACUUUGGCAACGGUGGAGGUCAAACGAAUGGCGAUAGCGUCCGGUUAUCGCAAGCCUUUAUCAUUGCCGCAGACCACAUGAAUGGAAUUGGUGAAUUGUGUGCUGAGCAGCCAGUUUUUGACCAGAUUCCCUGGAUGGAGGGCCUCAAGGAAUACAUGGGCCUACUAUCCCAAUUUCAAGGAUGCAUCACCUCAAGCCGUUCUGCCGCUGCCCGCGUGAUUGAAGUGGAGGAUCGUGAGGAUGCGGAUAGCACAGAAAAGGAAGCCGUCAGCAGCCGCUGUGACAUUAUCCACACUUUGACCCUGUGCGAGAUGACGCAUUUCCACGAGCAGCGGCGCAAGGACUUUCGCGACAUGAUGAUCAAUUAUCUCGACGCGCAAAUUGACUUUCACAACAAGGCUGAGGCUGGGGCUCGUGACGCAGGCGCUGACGGUGAGGAUGAUGAUGAUGAAAUGCACGAGAUGGAGAUUGUCAAUUGGUCUGGCACGCAUCGCGCGGUCACGCGCAACUUUUUCCAACCCGUAACGGUGGCUGAAGUCGAGGCCAUUGUGCGUCGCGCGCACGAGACUGGCCAACGUUUGCGCGUGGUCGGCUCUAGCCUUUCACCCAAUGGCCUUGGUUUGUCCAACGACGGCAUGCUUUCGCUGGCCAAUCUGGACGAGGUGCUCGAGGUGGACGCUCAACAGCGGCGCGUACGAGUUCAGGCCGGGGCUCGAGUUGACACGGUCGUGGAAGCCCUCCGCCCGCACGGGCUGACCCUCCAGAACUACGCCUCGAUUCGCGAGCAGCAAAUUGGCGGUUUUACUCAGGUUGGCGCCCAUGGCACAGGCGCGCGGUUGCCGCCAGUUGACGCCCAGGUCGUGGCGUUGACGCUUGUGACCCCCAACUGCGGCACGCUCCAGCUCAGCUCCGACGAUGCCGACCCGGCCCUUUUCCUGGCUGCACGGUUGGGUCUGGGCGCAUUGGGUGUGGUGACCGAUGUGACAUUGCAGUGUGUCCCAGCCCAUGAGCUUACGCAAGAGCUACGUGUCAUCACGCGUGCUGAAGCAGUAGCCGGGCACGCUGAGCGGCUGCGCCAGUGGCCCCACGUUCGUUACAUGUGGCUACCUUACGUCGAUGCCGUAGUGGUCGCUGCUGCUCGCCAGACCGUGGUCGGAGAUGCAGUGACGGUGUCUCCCAAGCAGACCCAGCAUGCGCUCGAGCCCCUUCGGCAAUUGCUCCGUGAGUUGGCCCCGCAUUUGGAUGCAGGCAGCGUUGCUCAGCUCGGUUUUGCCGAGCUUCGUGACCGCAUUUUGGCCCAUGCGCCCUUGGAUAGCGCGCACGUUCGCCGUUGUAACCAUGCCGAAGCAGAAUUUUGGCGCCGUUCACAGGGAGUCACCGACAUUGGAGCGAGUGAUCGCAUCUUAGGCUUUGAGUGUGGGGGCCAGCAGUGGGUCAACGAAGUGUGCCUGCCUGCCGGUACACUCGACCAGCCCACGGGCCAUGACCUUGCUUUUGUCGAGCGCAUUUUGGCCCUCAUUGAGGACCAUAACGUGGCCGCCCCAUGCCCUAUCGAGCAGCGCUGGACCAGCGCUUCUGCAUCCACCCUCAGCCACGCCCAUGGCGAUGAAAAUGGCCCUGCCUUGGCUUCCUGGGUGGGCAUCAUCAUGUACCUUUGCCGUGAGGACCAACGGCCGGCCAUCACGGCGGCCUUUCACGCCUAUCGAGCGCUUGUCGAGGCCAGCUUGGACGACGAAUUUGACGCCUUUGUGCACUGGGCAAAAUUGGAAAUUCCAUCAGAAGCGGCUGCGCUUGCUCGUCUUCGUGCCCGCCUUCGCGCGCGCUUUGACGUCGAUGCCUUUAAUCGUGCGCGGCACAAGCUGGACCCUCAUGGCGUCCUGAGUAACGACUUUAUCCGAGCCCUCUUUGACGAUGAGUAGAGCCCUGCCUACCCCGCCCCUUUUACAUAGCUGACCAUAAUAAUGAUGCAAUGACAUAAACCAGGCGGGAUUCCCAGUGGCAACACCCACCGCCUUGCCCGGAAUUAAUUAAGAACAGGAACAUUCGACAUCACACCCGGUUGUUGUUGUUGUUGUUUUUUGGCCACACACGCCACCUGCAUAAAUCAAUUAUUACAUUCG